AUGAGUAGGGAAUUGGUGGAGGAUGAGGUGGAGAGAGGCAAGGGCUGUGAUAGUAGAACUGCUGUGGUGGUUAAAAGUGGCGCGUUUAGCUGGGAUGAUAAAAGCAAAGAAGAGGAUUUGAAACACAUAAAUUUGAAUGUCAAUAAAGGGGAGCUGACGGCUAUUGUAGGGACAGUGGGAUCUGGAAACCCAUAA